AUGGUGGAGAAACAACAAAAGUUUUGUGUUGCUGGUUCUUGUUUUGCUGCCAAGAAAAUUCAGAAUUCGAAAAAAAGAAAAGAAUGCGAGGAUCAACAAUCCGGAAGUGAAGUUUUUAAUGAGUAUCCUAGCUGGGUCAAGAAGCCAAAAACAUGUAGCGCAGCUAGUUCCAUUGCUUCUUCAAGAACUCCAGGGAGGGUUGUCAAUGAAACAAGGGUUUUUUAUGACAAUUGGGUUAACUCUACUGGUCGUGAUUCAAGAAAUAAUGGACUUUCUAGUGGGUUGCUGUCACUUUCCAUCGAGAACCAUAGCUGUGUCAAGAAGCCAAAAACAAGCGCCCCAAUUGGUUCUAUGGCUGCUUCAAGAAAUCCAGGGAUGGUGUUACAAGAACUAAAUCCUUUUGAUGACGAGCGGGUUACCGAGAAUUAUUCUUGUCCUGAUUCAAAAAGCAAAGAAUCUAUAAAAGAGAGAAGAGUGGCUUUUAAUCUCAGGAGGAUGAAACCAUCUUAUGGCCUUAAGGAUUUGCUAGAGGAGGGGUCUCGUGGGGUUUCAACUCAACUAAGUCUAUAUCAUCAUUAUCCAUUUAAGAUCAAGAAGAAGAUGAAACCUAGUGAUUUGGGAAAUUUAUGCAGGCUACUUGUGUCUGCAGAUUUAGUGAAGAAACAUAUCCUCCCAUUCCUAAAAAAGGAUCAAAUUAAACAGCUUGAAGUGAAGAAUCAAGAAAUCAAUGGUUUGAAGGUCUGGGUUUGGGAUAUGAAUACAGAGAGCAUGCAUCAGUUGGUCUUCAAAAGAUGGAGCACUUCAAAAAGUUAUAUUUUCAAUGAUGGCUGGACAAAGCAGUUCGUUAAGAGGAGGAAUUUGGUUGAAGGUGAUGAAAUCGGACUCUUUUGGGACAAUGAUCACUCAAGAUUUCACUUCAGUGUUCUGAGUAGGACUGCCGCUACUGGCUAA